AUGUCCAAGGGAUUAAUCUUUAUAACGGGGGCCUCUGGCUUUAUUGGCAGCGCCACUGCCGUGGAAGCUCUAAAGGCUGGAUAUCGACUACGAGUUUGUCUUCGUAGGCCCUCGGUCCAACUCCAGACCUUAUUAUCAAAGUACAGCACGCAAGUCGAAUUUGUCGUCAUUCUAGAUUUUACCGAUGAAACGGCAUUCAGUGACAAGCUGGACGGUGUGGACUUUGUGCUCCACCUUGCAUCCCCUCUUCCUCAUGGCACCGACAAGGAAACGUACUUCACUCCAGCGGUGAAAGGGACCACUGCCUUACUGAAAGCGGCAACCAAGGUGCCAAGCAUCAAGAAGGUCGUGGUUACCUCAUCCAUGGCUGCUUUGGUUCCAUUGGAUGGUAUUCCAAAUGGUGGAGUUAUCCAAGGUAAACAAUGUUCUUUCUUUCAUUUCCACAUCGACGUCGUAUUGACACCUUCUUCAGAGAGCAAUAACUGGGACUUCUCAGUCGAUGAAAACGGAAGUUUCGAGGAUCCUACGAACCCGGCUGCAACACCCAUGGUACUGUAUAUGGCUUCUAAGCUGCUUGCAAACAUGGCAACCUGGGACUUUUGGAAAACAGCCAAGCCGCAGUACGCCUUAGUCACGCUGCACCCAGCAUUUGUGUAUGGCCACAAUCUUAUGCAGACAUCCGCCGAGGGAAUAAGGGGAGGUUCCAACGGUGCUCUAUGGGGAUUUAUCAUGGAAGGCAACCCGACUGGAUUUUUGACGGGAGUACAUGUUCAGGAUGUAGCCGAGGCGCAUAUUAGAGCGCUGGAUCCGAAGAUAGUGGAUGGCUCAAAGUAUUUGCUGGCUGGAAAAAGUAUAACCGGGCCAGAGGUUGCGCGGUUCAUGCAAAGGCUCUACCCAGACGCUGGAGCAGCUGUCACCGAGGAUGCCCAAGGUGUGUCGAGCCCAGUCAAUACGACCAAAGCAGAGGCCGAGCUUGGGAUUAAAUGGCGCUCAUUUGAGGUAAUGGUGCAGGAGGUGAUAGAUCAACAGCUUGGCUUUCGCAAGAAUGCAUUUGGCUAG